AUGUUGCAACGGAGCGCCCACAGGCUAUUGCCAGCCAUCAGUCGGCGGACAAUCGCCGCGCGAUCAUACAGCACACAGACGGACAAUCCCGUCCCCGCGAACAACCCCAACCAUCAGGAGCGCCGGUCCCCCGUCUCCAGCACCAAUGCCCUCCCUACCGUCUCCGUGGGGGCGGGCGACAAGGCCCUAGUGGAGGAGCCAGCGAAGGCAGAAGAGCUACGAACAAUGCAGGCUCCAAACAGAGCACAGACCUGGAGCAGGAGCCAGCAGCCACGGCCAAAGGCAAUGGUUGGGCCAAGAUUCGAGCAGACUAUCAUGGAAGAUCAGCCACGGCCUCUAGCCGCUAUCGAGCUUAUCCACCAGCAGCCAGUGACCUGGACCAAGGAGCGUAUUGUCUCGUGCGAUGGCGGAGGCGGACCAUUGGGACACCCCAGAAUCUUUAUCAACGUCGACAAGCCACAGAUAUGCUGGUGCACAUACUGCGGCCUGCCAUUCGCGCAUGAGCACCACCGCAAGCACCUUGAAAGCCUGCCUUCGACCUCAUACCCGCUCGAGCCUACGAGCAACCCAGCACAGAUUCCGGCAAGCGAUCUGGACGCAGGUGCCAAGACUGGCGCUACGGCCAAGUAUCAGACUGCGUCUGGCGCCCCUUACGAACAACGAUAG